AUGCCAAGAAAAAAUAAAUUAAAAAAACACUUAAUUGAGGCUUCUAGGAAAUGCUGGAAAAAAAUUGAAGAGCCUUACGAGACUUCAGAUGCUGAACCUGAUCAGCCUGUAAAACUGUAUUUUGAUUUUACUCUAGAAGAGGAUGAUAAUGAUAGUGACGAUAAUUUCAUAGUGGAACUAUAA